UCUGUGCACGUCGCUGUGAUUUUGUUAGCAAAUUAAGUUAACAGUUGUGUUUUUAUUUAGUUAAUUUUGUGAGUUUUUCGUUAAUUAAAUGUUUUGCGUCAAACGUUGGCUUUAAGUGCUUAAUUUUUUAUGUUACAAUGUGUUGCAAGCUAUGACGCAGUUGUUGAUGGAAAUAUCAUAAGUAGAGAUAAUUCUUUGAUGCAAAUGACUAACAACGGUGUGGGGUGAGAUAACGCGGUACACUACUAGUAGUACUCAAACACCUAGUGGUAUUAGUACAAUGAGUUUGGACAAGUUGAAGGUGGACCGGCAAGAGGGUGGCACUAUCGGCAAGGAGAGUCCCUGCUACUUCUGCAAUGAUAUGUUCGAGAUGGGCAAACUACAGAACCACCUGAAGCAGUGCGGCAGCAUCCUGGAGCAGUGCCCGCUGCGCUGCGGCGCCUGGAUACAACGCAAACACAAGCAGGUCCACGUCAAUGAGUGUCCCCAGAUGGAGAAGGCUCGUAACUCAUCAUCUCCGACGCACGUGCGUGUGUCGGAGCCGUCGCCACCUGCUGUGCCCGCCAGCAACCACACGUGGACGCCCCGACACAGUCCGCUAGACGAGUGUGUCACAUAUCUCGAGAAAGAAGUAGCUGGUAUCAAAAUAGUGCUGAGUGCGGAGUCGAGCCAACGCGAUGUAUUCUCUACGGAGCUGGAGACGCUACGCACCAAGCUGGUGCUGGUGGAGGAGCGCGGACAGCACGUGGUUUCGGCGAUCGGCGCGCUGCGAGCCGCGGUUGACGCUGAGGCCGCGCGCGCUGCCGACUGGGUCGCACAGUUCAGACAUGAUCUGUCAAAUGUGCAGCUAGCUUUGCAGGAGUUGCAGAGUCAGCAGCUGAGUACGGCGAUGCGUGUGGAGAGUGCGGUGAGCAGCAUCGUGCACGAGCAGAACGAGCGAGAGCUCCUGGAGCAGGCGAUGACUCAGCACGACAACAGGAUACGAGCAAUCGGACGACUGGAAGAUGUGAUGGAAUACAUAAAGCGUACAAUAGAAGAGGACAGAGAACGGAACGCGGAGAGCCGUGCGGUGCUGGAGGGCGAGCUGGCGGAGGCGCGACGUGCCUCACAGCAACUGGCACACCUGGCCAGUCUUAGAACACAGCUGGAGACCACCGUCAAUGAGAGACCGGCUUUAGACAGAGUUGCAGUACUGGAGGUGGCGACGGCAGACGCGAGAGCCGAAGCCGCGGAGCACUCCGGCAGGAUGGACACCAUCUCCAGAGACCUGCGCGCGCUCACCAAGUCCUACCACAAGAUACGUAGCGAGAUCGUGGACUUCCAGGCUAGGAUUAACUUUAGUAAUCCAGAACUUGGCAGUGACGAUGGUCACUUUAUAUGGAGGAUAGACAACUUUACUUCCAGAAUGAAAGAUGCUAAGGAGAGGGACACAGUACUGACCAGCCCGCAUUUUCGGACCAGCAAAUAUGGAUAUACCCUCAAAGCCGAAGUAAAUCUGAACGGUAUCGGCAAAUGGAAAGGUCGCAAUAUCAACUGCACGGUGCGGCUGGUGGCAGGCCCAUACGACCCGCUGCUCGAGUGGCCCUGCGACCUUAACAUCAGCAUAGUCCUUAGGGACCAGCCAGCUAACAGGCCCCAAGCAAUGGAUAUAGUAAAAUCACUGCAACUGCGACGCAAGUCCGCGUCCAGUCGUCACGACUACGACGAAGCGAAUGAGGAAAAGACGCGGUCUACUGAGAACCUGGACAUGAACGUGGUGCAAAUGAAGAAGCAGUACAUUUUCAUACCGCACACCAGCUUGGACAAGUUCGAAUAUAUCAAGAACGAUGUCAUGUUUCUAGAGUUUAUGGUCAAUCAAUAGACAUUCGUUGGCUUAAAACAACUCGAUGUCAUAAAAAAAUCUUUUUUGGAUUUUUUUGGACUUCAACGUUUUUUGGCCAUAGAGAACAAAAUGUGAAUUUUCAUAAAACAAAAUGUCACCGGUUUUCUUGUACUGUCAAAAUAAUACAAUCUUUAUUAUCUCUCUAUUCAAGUUAAUUACGUUAUUUUAUAUUCUUUUAUGUGCCCUCGAAAUAUCCAAUUAAA